AACACAAAUCAUGGCAUGAGAUGAGGAAUAUAGCUCAACCAUAUCACAACCGUGUCAUGGUACACAACAGAAACGCACGCCACGUUGUUUAUCAUAUCACCCCACGUUCUUCUAGCUGAGCGGCGACAGCUCCACAAGCACCCACCUCGUCAUCCCACAUCGCCCGCUUCUGCACCUCCGCCUCCCGUGAACGUGAACAAGGCCAUGGACGGCAGUUUGAGCUAGGACUCUGUCCAUCUCCUCCGGGGAUGGCCGCCUGAAAAACUGUGUCUUCCUGCUCCGUGCCAUUGGCCGUGUACGAGAUGGAGCUAAGGGCGCAGGAGGCCGCUGCCCACCCGUUCCCGUCACCAAGACCAAGGUCGACGGCCGCGUCGGCUUCUCCCCGCGAGCUCGACGAGCUCAUGGCCGGCCGACGCCUCCCCUCCAGCGGCGAGAUGUGCCAGCCUCCCGACGGACGGCCGCACCUUCCCCAACCUCGUCGUUAUAACACACGAGGAAUGACGAGCGGGAGGCCCGGGCAAGAGGAUGAGGAAGGCGACGUGGACGAGGUAAGCGUCGACGAAGCUCUCCUGCCGAUCCCUAGGAGGAGCCAGGACUGCAAGGAGCUAGGAGAGGUGAGCUUAGCGGUGGGCGCCGAGGUGAAGCGGCAGCUGUGGCUCGCCGGCCCGCUCAUCGUCGGCAGCCUGAUGCAGAACCUGAUCCAGACCAUCUCCGUCAUGUUCGUCGGGCACCUCGGCGAGCUGCCCCUCGCCGGCGCGUCCAUGGCCACCUCUUUCGCCACCGUCACCGGAUUCAGCUUGCUGACAGGCAUGUCCAAUGCUCUGGACACUCUAUGUGGCCAAGCAUUUGGCGCCGGCCAAUACCACCUCCUUGGCAUAUACAAGCAACGCGCCAUGCUGCUACUCACAGUCGUAAGCAUCCCUGUCGCCAUCAUGUGGUUCUACACUGGUCAGAUCAUGCUCCUGUUCGGCCAAGACCCCGAGAUCGCCAUGGAGGCAGGCAUGUACGCCCGGUGGAUGAUCCCCGGCCUCUUCGGCUAUGGACUACUGCAGUGCCACGUUCGUUUCUUGCAGUCGCAAAACACCGUGCUCCCGGUCAUGGUGAGCGCCGGCGCGGCCGCUCUGUUCCAUCUGCUCGCCUGCUGGCUGCUCGUGCACGUUGCCGGGAUGGGCAGCAAGGGCGCGGCUCUGAGCACCGCCGUCUCCUACUGGGUCUACGUGAUCUUACUGGCCAUGUACGUGAGGGUGUCGAGCUCUUGUAAGCAGACGUGGACCGGGUUCUCCAUGCAAGCCUUCCAUGGGGCGCACGACUUUCUCAGGCUCGCCGUGCCGUCUGCUCUCAUGCUUUGCUUGGAAUGGUGGUCGUUCGAAAUCCUCGUGCUGCUUUCAGGACUUCUUCCAAAUCCUAAGCUGGAAACAUCCGUCCUAUCAAUCACACUCAACACGGCUAACUGUCUCUUCAUGAUUCCCUACGGCCUCGGCGCUGCCAUAAGCACCCGUGUCUCGAACGAGCUCGGGGCGGGGCGGCCACGGGCAGCCCGCCUCGCCGUGCACGUCGUCAUGUUCUUGGCCAUCUCGGAAGGAACCGUCAUGGCUGCGGUCGUGGUCCGUGUGCGCUACAUCUGGGGCCACGCUUACAGCAGCGAGGAGGAGGUCGUGUCAUACGUUGCCAGGAUGCUGCUGGUGAUCUUGGUGGUCAACUUUUUCGACGGGAUUCAGUGUGUUCUCUCAGGUGUUGCUAGAGGCUGUGGGUGGCAGAAGAUGUGUGCCUUCAUCAACCUUGGGGCAUUCUACGUUGUCGGCGUGCCGGCGGCCUACCUCAUAGCCUUCGUGUUGCGCGUCGGCGGGAUGGGCCUUUGGAUGGGGAUCAUCUGCGGUGUUCUGGUGCAGGUCAUGCUGCUCACGAUCAUCACACUGUGCACCAAUUGGCAGAAGGAGGCGAUGAAGGCGAAGAACAGAGUGUUCAAUUCUUCUAUUCCGACGGAUCGAUCUACUCAUGACAUGAAGAUAAGUAUGGAGGUCUCGUGCUACUGAAGAUAAAAGAGGAUGAAGUGAAGAACAAGCAUAUUCUUUUCUUGCAGCAAAGCUGAGGAAGGGAAAUAUCUUUGAUGAGUUCCUUGGCCCCUGAAAGACACAUUAAAACUAUCACUGAGGACAGGGCGUCGCUCUAUUGGCAAGCCAUGCGGGUGUGCACGCUGCCCAACCAGGUUCGAGCCUUGGGCUAGGAGUACGAGUGUUUAGGUUGCUUUCUUCUGUAAAAGUAUGCCACAAAGGGCUAGUCCUGGUUGGCCUUAUUUUCUAAUAAGAUGUCUAGUUAGCAUGAAAAUUACCUAAAAAUAAUGAGCUAUGCGGGGGACAGGAGGAAAUACUUACCAAUAUAUAUAUAUUACAUUCAUUUA